AUGGCUCAACUUGACAUAAAUAAAAAAAAAACAAACGAUUAUACUUAUACAGAAUUAUUGGAAGAGGUUGAUAUUCAUAAUAUUACUUAUAGAAUAAUAUGUUAAAACGCAAAUUGUAAGAUUUAAUGAAGCAAUUGAAAUAAUUUGAAUAGGAAAGUAAAGGGUUAUAGUAUGAGAAUGAAAUUUUACAAAAAUGUUUGGCUCAAUAAAAGAGUAAUUCGUAAUAAGAAAUUAAAAAUAAAUAAGUAGAGGAUCAAAUUGCUUAAUUAUAAGCAGUUCAUUAAAGAGAGAAGGAAUAUUGGAUAAGAGAUCAAUAAGAAUAAGUGAAUAGAAUCAAAUAAGUAUAGGAGUAAACAAAGAGAAUUUUAUAAGAUAAAAUAGAUAAUUUGGAAAAGGAGAAUGAAUUUUUAUAAAUGGAACUUGAAAACAAUAAAACUAUAAUUGAAAAUUAUGAAUUUUAAAUUGAAUAGAGUAAUUAAUAUAUAUUAAAAUUUAGUUCAAUAAAAUCAUAAGGCUGAAUUAAGUAAUUUGUAGAGAGAAUUGAAAUAAAAGUAGUAUAGUAUAGAUGAAUUAAAAUUGUAAAUAUAAGAAUAAGGAAUGAUAUCUUAAAGAAGCAAUAAUAAUUAGGAAUUAUUAAAUAAAUUAAAAGAGGCUAUGUAUGGAUUAUAAUAAUUUUAGAGAUGAAUUAAAUAAAUGUAAGAAGAUUAUAUCUAAUCAACAAUAUGAAAUUCAAUUGUAAUGUAAACUGUUUGAUGAAUUAAGGUAAGAUUAUCAAAAGAAAUUAUGCAAAGAACGAUCUAAAUCAUAAAUGAGUUUUAAAGCAGCAUAAGAGGUCAAAAAUGAAUAUGAGAAAAAAUAUUGUAAUUUAAUGGAAUAAAUAAUUAAAAACUAAACUUCAAAAAGUUGUAAUGCUUCAUUUAAAUUGUUGCCAAGUUCUAUGGAUUAAACAAUUAAUAAUGAUUAUUCUAGAAUUUCAAAUAAUUAAUCAAAUAAUAUGUAUGUAUUUUAUUUAAUUCACAUUAGUGGAGGUUUAAGUGCAAUAAAUAAAGCUUUAAGUGAUUCAAUAGAUGAUUAUGAAAAGAGUAUUUUAAAUAAUAUAUCUGGAAAUGCUACAAAAAGAAAGCCAAGUAAAUCAGAAUGGGAGAGAAAAUAAAAAGGAUAAUAAAAUAUUGUGAUUAGUGUAACUCCAGAAAAUUAAAUGCGUCCUUAAUCUUAAUAAUAGGAAAUAUGUAUAAUUAUUAUUAAAUAAACUAAUUAGUUUCACCUAAAAUAUCUUAAAAGAGAGCAUAAUCUAUUCAUUCAAGUAAAGGAAUAAAACAAUAUACAUUUAAUUUAUGUGAAUAUAAUGAAUCUCGUGCUUCAAAUGAUUCUGAUCAAUUUUAUAGUUAAUGUACAUAAUAAACAAGAUAAAGUAAAUUAACGUUAAAACCUUAAAAAUGUGGAGGUGAUGUAAAAAGAAACUCUAAACAUUAAAAAUCACUUUCUACAUAUAGAAGUGUAAAAGAUAAAGAAAAUGUUUAAUUUACUAUUCCAGAAGAGAAUUAAAAGAUAAAUAGUAUAAAUACGAGUAAAUAAUUAUAAAUUUUGGAAGAUAAAAAUGAGAGAUUAGACACGAACACAAAAUUUAAUUCUUUAUUAAAAGUAAUUUGA